UACACGCUUACAGAGCGUGUCCCGUCUCCCAGCAACACCCUAAGGAGUCCGGUCCGGCAUUGCGAAGAGUUUUUUGUUCUUCUUAAGCCACACACACAAAGUCUCGCUCCCUUUCGUGGAAGUUAUUCUUUUCUUUUGCUUGUUUGUAAAGUUACCAGACCGUUUUAAGUCAAGCAAAUUUUAAUUCAGAAACAACCAAGUUUGUUUUUAAACUUUAUUUCCGUCGAAUCAACUAACCUCACUCCUCCCCACGACAACGAAGCCCGGGAGGCCAGCCACGUGGGUUAGUUACACCAGCAGCAGCCCAAAGGACAUGAAAACCCACGAACCGAGCCAAGGUUAACAGCCAUCACUGCAAGUUUCUUCAACUAAGUUACCAGCCGAAGUGGCGGACUUCCGGAGCAAUUCUCUUGCAGAGAAAGUGACCCGCAGACGGCAGUUGAGCCGUCUCAACCGAGAACGCACGAAACUCAGCCAGCGUGAGGCCGGCUGGAGAAUCAACAAGCAACACCAGCAUUAUGAUGUCUGUCCUGACUGGCAAAGCCAUGGUGAAGAAAGAGAAACUGCAGGACGUGGUGGGCAACAAGUGGAAAAUCAACAACAGCCUGGACGAGAAGUACAAGCCCUGCCCAGUCCAGUUUAUUGUGAAGGAGGCCUGUGCAUGUGUGGGCAAGGAGCUGCCGUAUUGCAUCUUCAGGGGGAACUGUGAGCACUUUGCAAAUGAGCUACGCUACGGAAAAAAAGAGUCCCGGCAGGCGUUGCUGGUGUUUGCACCCAGAACCACAAUGGUGAUUCUGGGUAUUCACACUGGCAGCUGUGGCAAGAGCUCUGUUUGGAAGCGGCAAAAAAGAAAACAAAAGGAACACACAGUGAUGGAAGGCACACGUCGUCUUCACAGGGGCUUGAUUAACAGAUCACCAUGAAAGCUUAAGGGUGCUAAUAAUAAUAAUAAUAAUAAUAAUGCAUUACAUUUAUAUAGCGCUUUAUUAUUGAAACUCAAAGCGCAUCACAGUGAAGUAGGGGGGUCUUACCUCAACCACCACCAAUGUGUAGCACCCACCUGGGUGAUGCACUGCAGCCAUUAAGCGCCGGAAUGCUCACCACACAUCAGCUUGAUGCAAAGAAGGAGAGAAACAUUGAGCCAAUUACUAGGGGGGAUGAUUAGAUGGCCAGAUGGAGAAAGCCAGGUUGGGAAUUUUGCCAUGACACCGGGGAACCCCCUACUCUUUGCAACAAGUGCCAUGGGAUCAUUAAUGACCACAGUGAGUCCGGAUCUCAGUUUAACGUCUCAUCCGAAGGACGGCAUCUCCUACAGCACAGUGUCCCCAUCAAUGCACUGGGGCAUUGGGAUCUUAUUAUUAAGACCAGAGGGAAGACUGCCCCCUACUGGCCCACCAACACCUCUUCCAGCAGCAAAUUAGUUUUCCCAGUUGGUCACCCAUCCAGGUGCUGGCCAAGCCCAAACCUGCAUAGCUUUGGUCAUUCAGCAGUAGCAGGGUUUACAUUGGUAUGGCUGCUAAUCUGAUCAUGCACAGAAAACACUUUUUUAUUACAUACAAACACCAUAGACUGUAUAUAAAAAGGCAAACAUCUGUGAUUUAGACAUAAGUUUGGCUAAUUUCUGUCUUUCCUGCUCAAAUUAACUGCCGUCUCUCCCUUAUGCCACCUUUAUAAUGUGAGGCUUUUGUUUGAAAUCAUGGCCCUAUAUUUUUCAGAUUUUUUAAAAUUUCUAUAGACAGCAUGUAAAAGCACAACAAACAGUUUCCACAAAUUAAGGUGCCAAGAUGAAAUUGAAGUAAUGAAGUUUAAAUGUUUUAACAUGGAGUUUUUGAAGAUAACUAUAGAUUUUUAUUGGAUUGUGAUGAAUGUGAGGUUCACAAGGUUGGGGGAUCUUUUCUGUAUAAAAAAAAUAUUUGCUGGUAGCUGCAAAUGAAAAUAUAUUCCUACUCAAAUCAAAGCUAAACAGUUCUGAAGUCUAAGUAGUGAUUCUUGUUAGCCAAUAUAUUAAUAAGCUUUCCAACACAUAUAUUUUGCAUAAUCAAAAUAAGCUAAUAUGAUGAUAUUCUGCUUGCAUCUUUCAGAAAAACAUGUAAUGUAUUGUAAUGUGCACUGACCUACCAUUUAUGAAUUGUGGGUCAUUGGCUGAAAGGAGACAUGGACGGAACCAAUUAAACACUCCUGCUUUCUUGCUUGCUCCCGUUUUCUUUUAUUUUAUAUCUGAGUUCUCUAUUUAUCUGGAAUUUACAAGGUUUUGUCUUAAAUUUAUUUGUAAGUGUUUUGAAUAAAGAAGAAUUUGUGUGAUCAUA